CUGCGUAUCAGUCCAUGUCCUAACCUGACGACGAGUAGUGACAUCCCUCCCACUUCAUUAGCUCCGGCUGGUGGAACACAGCGCCCUACCAGCUAGAGUGUCAUUGUGAUGUGGCAGUUACUGCUAAUAGCGGGCGUGGCCGCGGCAGGAGGUGGCGACGUCAGAAGUUGCCUGAGAGAUCCUCCUGUUUGCGAUGGAUUGGGUGUGACUCACUUGCCUGUGAGACACACAGCCAUUUAUGUCAUAGGAGGAUCGUGGGAAAUAAACCUGCUUGGUGAAGUAAUACGACCAUAUACAACCAAGAAACAAGUGAGGGUCCAGGGGCACGCUGCCGUGACUCGGGUGUCCCCGUGUAGGCUGAAACUUGACUUGUGGAAUGUAUCCUUUAGUAACUGGCAAGGGAGUGAGGAGGCCAUGGUGGAGACAUGGGUGACGGUGAAUGGGGGCAGCGUGGGUGCUGUGUGCAGUCCCCUGCCUACUGUCUCUCGUCACUCAGCUCACCUGCAUUCCUUGGCACGGAGUGUGGCAUCAGCUGUCCUUAAUGUGGUCCCUGCAUUAGGUGCUCACCCAGUGACAGCAUCUGAGAGUGAUGAGCAUGGUCACUGUGCCACAAAGUACCAGUUGAUGCAAGCAUCGCCGGUGGGAAGGGAGGUGCUGCGGACCAAGAAUCUGGCCACUUGUACUCCGAGGGAUGCUGGACUUAAGCCACUUUCAGUUCUAACAGACAAUGUAACCUUGAGCUGCCACCAUGUUUAUGAGGGGAGUGUUGGAGAUGAGACACUACACCAUGUGAGAUGUCAACAGACACUGACCCUCAGCUCUGUGGCUGCCAUGGACUCCAGCCUCACACUCAGCCUUCUGCAGUUCCAUCCUUUCAGACCUACUUCACUCAACCAUGGUCCCCUACAUGAAGUCAACCUGGGAAUGGAGAUGAUGUCCAGUUUAACUAAGCAGGAUCAAAUUACAAAAGCCUACAGUCUGCUGAGUCAGAUGUGUGAGGAACUGAGUCAAAGGGUAACAUCUAAGGCAGCUCUCUUGUACCCUGACCUGGUGGAUGUCUUGCAGCACCUCGACCAGGAAACUCUCAUGCGACAGUAUCAAGAGGUCAACAGUGGAAGACUUUGUCCUAAUCACCAAAAAUUGAGGGGUGUGUUUUCUGGUGCUUUACGGGACUCUUCUGCCUCCACUGCUGCUGCUGCAAAGUGUUCCUUGAUAUUAUCUGGGCUUGUGAGAUCUUCCUCUAGUUGGGCAUUGUCUCUUGUCAAUGUCAAGCAGCCAAGUACUGAGACAUUACAUGUUUGUGGUGGUCUUCUGGCCACUGACCACUGGGAGGCUUCAGAAGUUUUAGGUAUUGCAACUAUGGCAAGACAUGCAUCAUGUAAAAAUGGUGAUGACAACUGUUUAGUAAUGGAGGCUGCAAGGAGGAUUGCCCAUCGCCUCAGUGGAAAACUUAACAGUUGUUCAGAAGUGGACCAUCACCAUCAGGUGUUGAUUGCAAUUCGAGGUCUUGCCAACAUGAGACAUUAUGGACGCGAGGUGGAACUCAAGUUACAGACGUGCGGCGGCAACGAACGGGCAGCAGAUUCCACUCGUGUGGCAGCCAUUGCAGCGCUCGGCAGGGGACCUUGCUCAUCACAGGUGUUGAAUUGGCUUAAGUGGAAAGUUCUGAAUGAAACCUUAUCAUCUGAACUGCGCAUCACAGCUUUCCAGUCUUUGUGGCAAUGUAGUGAAAAGGAGGCAAAGGCAGCAGCCAUCCUUAUCACUCAGAGAAAUUCAGACCCUCAAGUAAAAUCCUAUGCGAAUGACUUCCUGAGUGACAGCAAGACCAAUGAAGAUACUCGCCAGUUUUCUCGCCAUCUGCUGGCCAACCUAACGGCUCUACUAGGACUGCAAGACACGUAUCUUUUUACUGAUGUUGUAUUUCAAGACUCCUUCUUGCCUCGCAGUAUUGCAUUGAAUCUGUCGUCUCCCUUGCUGAAGCAUGUUGGAGGAAGUAUUCAGUUUGGGAGUCGACUGGAGAAUCUGGAGAAUGUGCUACAAGCUGUGUUUGGCCCCAAUGGUUUGGCUAGAGGCAGUGUGGAAAUGUGGCUUUCUACACUGAUAGAGAAAAUUGAGCAGAUGUUUGCUACAGCUUCACAAGACUUCAUUCAGAGCCACGAGCGAAGUAAAAGAAGUUAUGCUCUAUCAGAUGUUGUUCAACUUCUUAAUAGGGUCCAGCACAGUGCAGUGACAGAGCUGCAGGGCUGGAUAUCAGCAGGUCUUGGGGAACAGGAAUGUGUUUUUCUUCCCUAUGCAUUUGAUCCAAUGGCUCUUCACUGGGAAGAAUUAAUUACAUCAUGGUUUGAUGAUCUUCUGGAAACAACUUAUUCUUCCCUUAUCAAUUCCAAUGCAGAACUAACAACUGCAUGGGCAGAAGUUGAUGAGCAAGUGGUGGUGUGGAGUGUGCUAGGAACUCCUGUGGAGGUGUGGCAACGGGAAGGUGGUUUGAUCUCCCUUGCAGCUUCCUCUAAAGUUAAUCUUCUUAGCCUUCUCACCAAUCCUUAUACCUCUACCCUUAAUAUUGGUUUAGGACCAAGCAUGGGAGUAUACUCCAGGCUGGGUAUGAGCAUUAACAGUCUCCCAGGAAGGAUUGUUGUAACUUCCACUACACAAGCUGCAGCUUCUAUUGACGUCAGUGCUGUGUUGGCGUUACAGGGCAGUGACCAUAUUGAUUUGCGAAUUGAUCUUCCCGACUCCUCCUUCCACGGCUAUUCUGUUCAAGCUACUCAUAGCUUGGAGACUCCAGAUGACAAUGAAAGGAACCAUGAGGAAGAAGCCAGUGACAUUCAUGAGAGUCAAGACACUUCAAAUGGAGCUCAAGAUGAUGACAGAUCAAGUUGUGACGAGGAUGAUGACAUUCUUUCUGGCAUUGGUGAAAAAGUAUGGGAUAAUGAAAUUGGAGGAAAGUUGGUGACAAAGCGAUACUGUAGCAGAGGCCUUGAGACAGCUUUGGGAAUAAAGUCUGGCCAGGUGAAGCAAUGGGUUGUAGGCCAACAAGAAGCAGCUUUCAGAUCUUUAGGUUAUCUUCACAAGAGGGAAGGUAUCACAGGAUACAAAAUACUAAUUUCCUGGAAGAAUCCUGGCAGAAAGUCGUUUUUCCUGGACAUGUCCAUUGAAGCUGAAGGCUUGUACCAGGACUACAGGGCAGGCAUAGUUGUUGGCCUCACCUAUAGUCCUCACAUCACGUUCAAGGUUCAGUGUCACAGUAAAGAGUAUUCUGCCUCUACUGAAGUGUCACUGGUGAAUGACCCAAAUUUGAAACGCAUUGAUGGUCACGUUCGCUACCAAAGAAUUCACUAUGGACUGAAGGCAGAGCUGCUCAUGGUGCAGGAUGGAGGGCAUAUGAGUGUAAAGCCCAGACUGGUGGUGAGCUAUCCUGGUGUGCAGGAAGAUGCAUUGCUGGAAGGAUACUUUGCCAGGUACUUUUCUGACAAGGUCACUAGUGUUACUGUUGAUGUCUACACUGAAGGAUCUCUGAAGGCAUACCUUGAUGCUGCUCUCAAAGGUACAGCAGAGGUUAAAAUCACACCUGAUGGGAGCAAAGUUGUGAUGCUAAAGAACAUUAAUUUUUCCUCUCAAAAUCUGUCAUUUGGUGUGGAAGCUACUCUGUCUCGGAAAAGCAAGGGUGUGGAAGGAAGAGUGCAGGUGAUGUGGGGAGGGAAGAUGGCAGUAGUAGAUGGAAGAGUUACAAUUCUUGGAGACACUGGAGAUGGAGAGGGCAAGGCUUAUGAGAUGAGCCUUCAGGUUUUGCUUCCCAGUUACCCACACCUUACCACCAGCAUCCUUUGCAUUACUUAUACACAAGAUUCACAGAUAAUGAAUAACGUGACUCUGACAAUGGGAGGUGAGGCUGUACGUAGAGAGUUCCAAGUGUUUCAUUCCACGUCAUGGAAGGUGACUCGGGAGCAAACUAAUUUAAAGGAGCAUUUGCCACAGAUGGUGCCUCAACAUCAUGGUCUUGCAGUGGAGGUUAUAAAUGAACUGUGUAUCACAUCUCCAGAUGUGAAUAUUGAGUGGAAAGUUAAUCAUGGGAUGAAGAUGACACAGAGAUCUGUGGAGAAUGUUAUCACUGCUGAUGUGAACAGAGAACUCCACAAAAUCAAGGCAAACUUUUAUGACCAAACUCGGGAUACAUUCAAGUAUCAUGUUGAGUUGGAGGUGAGCUUGGCAGAUUGGUACUUCAGUUACAUUGACACACUAGAGCAGCAGACAGAAGGGGAGGUGUUGGGUGUCAGCACCACUGUCAUGCCUUCGGGCAGAAUCUAUGCCACUACAUCCAGAUACUUUAUAAAUACCAAAAAUUCAAUAACUCAAUUUGAAAUAUACUUUGAUAUAAUGGUCAAGGAUGGCAGUGUGAGCUGGAAUAUCAUUGGACAGGAAGCUUUUAAAUGUACACCCUCUGGAAUCACCUUGGUGGCCAAUGUGAAGGCUGGCCAGGUGGAAGUGUUUGGGCUUGAGGCAUCACUGGAGGGCAUCACUACGUCACAAGUGGACUUCCAUGCCAAGACAUGGGCCAGGAAUGUGUUUGAGGGAGAAGUGUCUUUUGGAAUUGAGGAUGGCAAGACUAACUUCUCUCUCAACCUUCUUGUGAUUCCACUUGAUCAAGAAAUUAUCAGUCGGGUGGCAGUGGACCACCAGCAAAACAGUGGUGGAAAGCUGGAUGGGGAAUUAUCAUGGGAUGCUCGUGGGGAUCCCUCCAGUGCCCUCACUCUCUCAUCUGCUCUUCAGCUGCCUCAGGUUGGCUCACCUCUACAGAUCAGCGGAUCAUUGUCUCUUCUUCAUUGGAUGUGGAAGACUAACCUGAUGGUAGAGUUUGGAAAUGAGGUUGGUGACAUACACAAAGUGUCUUUCAUCUUCAUCUUACCUGAUAAAUCAAGGUUUGAGACGGGUUCACAAAUGGAUCUGUCAUUCAGCCAGAAGAACUUCUCUGUUAUGACUGAUUUUUACCUUCACCUACCUGCUGGAGACAGGCAUAAUUUAUCAGUGGCAGCCAAAGGGAUACUGAGUGAUGAGCUGAGUGAAGCUAGACUGAACCUACAUGCUGAUUCUCCAGUCAGUCAAGAGAUGGUUUUCCUGGCCCAUGUUAUUAAAAAGGAAAGUGAAGAUGCUAGCAAUCUAAACUUUAAGUUACAAACCAGCUCAGAGGCCAAGUACUGGGAGAUGUUUUCUUCUGAAGUCAAGGGUGAAUGGAAUGGCAAGCAAAUAGAUGGAGCUGUUGAGGUUGACUGGGGAGAUGUUGCAGUUAUUCUGAAUAUGUCGGGUCUCUAUGAAAUUAUAGAUAACAAACAUCACUUGGCAGCUUCAUCAGAGCUGAGGGUGCCAUCAUUAGCGGCUUGGCAUCAACUGAAGUCUUCCAUUGAAGGAACUUUGAGUAAUGAGCAAAAUCCAUCUUCAUUCAAGGUCAUCCAGACUGUCAUGGUUGAGAAAGACUAUAAGGAAGUGUUCAGCAGCCAAGGACAUUUGACAGUACAUCCGCCAGAGAUGACUGGUGAACUCUCUAUUUCCCAUGAUGGAAAGUUUGCCUCCAGGCAACUCUACAAUAUGGAAGGAAAAUUUACAGGGCAAGAAGUUGAGAUGAGGGUUGUGGGAACAGUGGAUGGUGAGCCUGUGAGAGCCACUGUUCACUAUAUCCACAGCAAGGAAGUCAAGAUCCAUGCCAGCUACCGAAGUGAAGACUACUUUAGCCUCUCCGUCACUACUCAGCUUCAAGACUUCCUCAUUGGCACCAUUGGGGAAAGGGGUCCAGCUUACUCCCUCAGCACAGAGGGCCAACUGGUAGUCCUUGGCCAGAGGACCAAGAUGAGUCACCAACUAUCCUUCUCUGAUACACGAGCCUCUUCUUUCUUCAAACUUGAUCCCCUUCAAGGAAAACCUUUUAUGCUCAAGAAAAUUCGUAUCAAACUUGGUCACAAUCACUGGCGCACUGAUGUCAUCCUUAAUUGGGGCCAGCGUAUCUUCACCUACCAUGAUGAAGUCAACAUUCCUAGUCUGAGAGGUCUGUCAUUCAAGGUAGAGGUUAAUGCCCCAGCCCUCAGGCUUAAUUCAAUAGUGAUGUCAUUGGAGACAAUUGAAGAAGCUCAAGGAGGACAAACUGUUUAUUUGCAUCUCCAAAGACACAAUUCUACUCUUCACAGUGCCAGGGUUAUGUUUUAUAAGUAUGACACAGAUGGAGAAAGUGUGUGGCAGGCCGGAGCCACAGAUGUUGUACUUAACAAGCAAACAUACCAAGAUGUUAUGUUUCGUCAUGUUGUUAUACCUCUUACAUCAGGUCUAGAGGUAAAAAGCAACAUGACAGUUGGCCACACACCACUAGUGAUAGUUGCAGUGCGAGUCACUCCCGAUGCAAGAGCCUUAGGGCUGGCUCUGUGUACGACCGGUGAGGAGUGUGUGCGAGUACAGGCACAGGCCAGGGCACAAAGCACGCUGUCCACCAGGACUCUCUCUGUCUCUGUACAUGCCCUUAACUCACUCUUUUGGAAAGAUGAACAGGAACCACUCAUUCAAAACUCAGUUACUUUUCUUGCAGAAGAAACGGCUGAGAAAAUGCUGGUGUCUGGGGGUGUACAGCGGCUGGAGUGUGUGGAAGUGGGCUGCACCACUUCCACUACCAAGGGUCUUCUGCACACUACUUUGCUUCUUACUCCUAACACUCUUGAUGUGAUGGUGAACACAACCCACCGCACUAUUGCACUGACAAGUGUACUGCAGGAGAGCCAGCCCAAUGAGGUUCCUGAAAGUAGCCUUCCUGGCGGCAUUCUGGCUCACUCCUACAUACUAGAAAAUCAGCUUUGGCUUGACAAACAGCAUGAUCCUUCUGGUGGAAUUAGAUGCACCAUCAGCUUAGCUUCUUAUGAAUCCUCCAGAGCUUCAGAGUAUGUCCUCGCUUCAUCUCUUCAUCACUCAUCUUUUACCAGGGACUUAGAUGUGCAGAGCUCCCUCAUACUCAGAGCAGAGUCCACCGUAACCAUUGUGGCAGUGCUUGAUGUUUUUUCCUUGAGAGAGGACUCACUCAAAAUGGAGGUUAAUUUGCAACAAGAGAGUGCUAGAUACAUCCUGCAUGGCACCUUAUCUAAAGCUAACUAUGUAAGUGGACGCUUGGUUGAUGCAACAGUUGUAGUUGUGCCAUCACCAGAUAGCUGUGAAUUCAGCAUUGCUGUGGUGAUUCUUCCACAAACACCACCACACCUCCCAACUAUUAUGCCUGCUACUCUGGAAUUCAAACUGUUUUGUGAGCUGGAUGCUGUGGAUGGCCAUACAACUGUCUCCUGCAAGGUAAUAACUCCAUCAGUGAAUGAGAAGAUUAGUGUUGGGUACCAGAAGUGGGAAACAAUAGGCUGUGUAGGAGGCCUUGGUUUUCUGGACCUCCUAAACCAUAAUUACCAACUCCAGUACAACUCCUGCCACGAUCCUGCCAGUGUACAGACUACUCUCUCUCGGAACGGUGAAAUGGAAACCAAGGAUGAACUUUCACUUAAGUUUGGGAUGGUGGAUGUACAUCGGGCAGAAGUGGAUCUUUUGAGUGCCACCGGCCUGAGUGUGCAGCUGCAUCCACCUUUCUUGCUUUAUGUCACAGCCCACCACAGCAGGAGUCUUCAGUCAUGGUGGCAACAUAUCAUGAUUGGAGCUCAUGAUGAAUUAUAUAAUUUGACAGUCAUUGCCAGAGGUUUGGUACAAGAUUUAACAACAGACCUUCAAAACACUGAGAGCUUGGUGGCCAUAAGUAGUUCCAGCUCAGCUUCCAGUCUAGUCCAACAUCUUUGUAGUGAAGGCUAUCAGCUACUGCAAGAAGUACAGAAUGACCAGCUCCUGCUAGACAUAAUCCAUAGCAUCCAGGCCUCUAUUGAUGUCACCAGCACGAUUGUUGAGACUGGGUUUGCUUAUAUCAGUCGCAACUAUGGAGAGACUUUCCAGGAAGUAGUGACUGGCAUCAAGGUGUGGCUGGAAGCUGCCACCAUGAACAUUGGCAGCUACUUUGUCCAGUUGGUGGAAGACGUUCAGCAUUACUUCAUCACCACUCUUACUUUCAUCUCUAGUUCUCCUCACAUGCUGCUGGAUCAAGUGUUGUCAGUGCCUUUGAUAGAGCAAGCAGCAGAGUGGACUUUGGGACAGAUUCACCUGAUUCAAGAGUCUGUUGUCUAUUCAUUCACCAGAGACUUGAUCUCCAUUAUUACAAGCUCUCUCCACAAGGUGUUGUCCUUUCUGUACUCUGAGGAAGAAGAGACACAUAACAAAGUGGACAGUGAAGUCUGGCAUUUCUGGGUUCCCUUGGGCAAAUGUAGUCACUCUUUGCUGGAUGUGUGGCAAUACAUUUCUGGCACCUUCAAGAGGACCUCACAUCAGGAGUAUUUGGGAUCUGUUCUUCUCAGGUGGUGGCAUCUCUUCACACACCCGCAGCAGCUUUUCCACCACCUCUCCCCUCCUUUCCCAGGUGAAGGAGCCAUCAUUGGGAACAACAAUUUUAUAACAAUAGAUGGUAGAAUCUUUACUUUGACUCCUUCCUGUCUACACGUCCUACUAACUGAUGCAAAGCACCAGUCCUUCACUCUUCUGUCCCACCAGCAAGAUGUUGAGACAGGCACCAACUAUACACUCCUAUUACAGAAUACAACUGUUAAUAUUCAUUCUAACAUGAUGGUUACUAUAGAUAAUGCAGCUGUCAGCCUACCAUACAUCAGUGAUACUUUGAAUGUGGUGCGUCAACUCCACAAAUUGGAAAUUACUGCCAGACACACUUCAGGAGAAGACUUGAUCACUUUCACCUGCUGGCUGGGACAGCAAGCAUGUGUUGUGGGUGUGAGUGGCUGGCUCCAUGCUGACACUAAAGGACUGCUCGGCAAUUUCAACCUUAAUCCAGCUGAUGAUUUCAUGAGACCUGGUGGAAAGGUUGCAUUAAGUCAGGAUGUGUUCAGCCAGAGUUGGCGAUUGGCUUCUGACUGUGUGCCAGAGAGGGAGAUUCCAGUGCUUGCACCACAGCCUGAAACACAGCUGCUGUGUCACAAGUUCCUUCUCCAUUAUACUGCACCUGUCUUUGCUUGUCAUAAAGCUGUGAACAUCAUGCCGUUCUACGAUACCUGCCUGAAAUUUCUGACAACUUCACAUGAUGAUAGACAUGAGGCUCAGGAAGAAGACCAUGAAAACAGCAACACACUGCACACUGGUGAACUUGGUACAGCACAUUCCUUGCUGCCAUCCUCAGUGCCCACUUUCACUUCACAGAGAGAUGAAGGUAACCAAGGAACCACUAGAUCUCUUCUUAGCAAUAGCACAGAGUAUGAAGUCAAAAGGAGAGAUGUGCCCCUCCUAUUGACAGAAGGAAAUUAUAUAUUCAGCGGUAUUUCUGAAAGGAAAAUUUCAGUGUUGUGUGAUGUUGCAGCAGCUUACUCUACCAUAUGCGGCUGGCACAAGAUUGACUUCACUUUACCUUCUCUUUGUGAAAAAGGAAAGCAGCUUACAUAUGAGGAGCCCCUUUCCCCAGAGCCACAGCUAGACUUAGUGAUGCUCAUUAAUGAGGAGUCAUGUGAUUCGUUCAUUUAUCAAAACUUAGUGCGUCCAUUUCCUCAAGUCCUGACGAGAGUUGCCCAAGGAAAGAAUAUAAGUGACGUUCAAAUUGGCCUACUGGGCUUUGGGUCCGGCACCGGUGAAGUGGUGUACCGCACUAAAGGCACGUCCCUCCUCACUCCAGCCUCUCAGCUAAGAAUUAUUCGCCCUCCGGAAGGACAGCGCUCCCAGGCAUCCCUUCUCACUGGAAUGAGAGCAAUAAGCAAAUUUCCUUUCCGAGCAGGAUCCAUGCGUGUUGCUCUCGUCAUGCGGUGCAACAGCCGUGAUAUUCCAAAGUUCACAGACACUCUGCCUAAGGAAAUGCAGAGGAGACGUUUGGUUCUGUUCACCCUCACACCAGACCUCCUGAUGUUUAACCCUCGCCGUCCUAAAGCUGUCCGCAAUACUAUAGGUAUUGACCGAUGGAGGGUGUACAACCUGCACCUGGAUCGCCAGCAGUCCACAGACUCUUGGGGCAUCAGGGCGCCAGGCUCCAACAUUGCUCAGCUCGCUAUGAAGAGUGGUGGAGGAGUGUUCUCCCUGUCUGCACUGCGAAGUGAUGACCGGACCAGAUACCACAUGAAGCUGUUUCGAAGGGUCCUCAGCAGAGCAAUGGUCAGAGUAGCAGUGAAUGCGUAUAGACAAAGGCCACAACCUUGAGUGAAUGUUUUGUGUGUGAUCAGUCUGGGAGUAGUACUUGUAAUGUAACACUUGUGCUUGUAAUUGGCCCUUGACAAGUAGAAUGGUAAUGUAUGUGUUGGGAGUAGUUUACUAAUUUACAAACUUAAUAAGCAUUGCUUCUUUAAAAAAAAAAAAAAGUGUAGUUGGAAAGUAAUUUGUAAAGCAGUACUUAAAUGUAUAUCAGUAAAGCAAAAAUGGAAGUUAAAGUGUUUAGUGAAGCUAAAAUACAAAAUUGAAGUAAGAUGUUCAUGUUCAGGUAAAAGUUCUUCAGAUUGGUGAACCACAUGUUAAAUUUUUAUAAUACAGUGAACCAGAGGUCUCCAACUCGUGGCUCGCAAAGCAAUUUUCUGUGGCCUGCUAUCUCCAAGGAGAGAGAACCAUCAUUGUCAUCAGUUGUUGAGAAAUUAAUAUGCUGCCUUUGCUUGGGAAUAAAUUUCUUGGGUCUUAAUGUAUGAUCAGAAAUAAUGGGAAACACCAUCAGGUGUAGCUUUUCUUUGAAAGAGUUCCAAACACACGCAGAAAAUAAUUUUGUUGCCCUUUAAGACCCCCACUGGCAUGAGGUGUGGUCCUCGAGUCACUUGAGUUAGAUCCCUGCAGCCCUUGUUAUACCAAACUACAGAGUGUCACCACUUCACUGAUUGACCAAAAGUUGUGUUAAACUGUCAUUCUAUUGUAUUAUUAACUUUCCUUGUUAAUUAAUCCAAAGAAAUAAUUGGUAGUGAAAUUGCCAUAAUUGUUUAUGAUCAUAAUUGUCAAGAACAUGAAUUCACAGUAUACUUCAUCAACAUGCUCACCUGCUGUAGCCAUCAGCCACUUGUAACAGUUGUUGUAGGGGGGAAGAGUUGGGUUAGACUUUCCAUGACAGAAGUUGGAUAAGUGUAUAAUACACAGCAUACAUGUAGUGGUCAUGCAUGGAGGUAUAACUAGUUGAGCUUAAUCCAUAACUGAUCUAAAAAUUUUGUUGAAACAAUGUCAAAAGAAUCUUGUUUGAUCUUUUUGAAUGUAGUCAUAACUUAUUUUUCUUUUCUUAUGGGCAGCUUUCCUGAUUGAGUGUGUGAUUUGCUUGUCAUUAUCACUAAAGUAUGAUGCUUUAUGUAAUAUUUUCCUCUCUUGUCUUUGUUGAAAUCAAUGAGAACAUUUGUGGUUUAAAGUAAUAAUGUUUGUAAAGUGACAAAUGGAAAUUUUAUCUCCUUUUAAGAUGAGAAAGGUAUCCAAAAGAUAUUAUACAAAUAAUUAUAAUAAUUUACUGAUCAAUCAGAUACUUUUUGUUUUAUGGCACUCUAGAGAACCUUGUAUUGUUUCACAUUAGAUAUUUUUGUUUUUUGAAACUAAAGAGAUUUCUAUAUUGUUGUAGCCUACAUCUCUCGUAGAACAGUGCAGCUGAGAGUGAAUACAGUGCAGUGAGAGAA